GCGUGCAUGCAGGGGGCUGGGUUGGGAGCAUAAGAUACUGGUUGGCUCCAAGCUCAGACUUCCAGGAGCCAUCAGGUGGAGCAAGAGGAACUUCUUUACCACCAAAUAACUCAUAUCAACAACUUGAAUAGUACAGACAGCAAGUGAGGUCACGAAGACAGGGCUGAAUUUCACUUCCUUCUAUGAGGCAGGUUGUACCAAUCUGAGGUUCAGCGCCACCAAGAAUGCUAGGCUGUGGGGACAGGGAUCUGAAGUCAUGGAGGCUAGUGAGUAGAUUGGGCUGGGGGUGGCUGGACACCUUGCCGGAUAUUGGACCUGCCCUCUAGGCCAGCAGUGGUGGACAGACAGCUCUGCUGGCCUCCAGGAGAGCUGCAGGGACUGACUUGGUGGGCCUUUCUCCCUUCCCUCUCCCAGGACAAGCUCUAACCACAGGCUGAGCCUGUUUGUUGCGUUGAGCAAGCUGGGGGUGGAGACUAGAUGGGCAGCAGGGCGGGGCUUAGCAGGUUUGGAGGGAACCUGGCUCAGAAGGAGUGCUGGCUUUUGUUAUUGCUGCUGAGCCUGGAGCUCAGCUCAGACUCAGCUGAGAGUUUGGUGGUUACUCCUCAGGACGGUGAUUGUGUGUGUGUGUCUCUGUGUGUGUGUGUGUUGUGCGCACUGUAUGGACAGGCAGUCAGAAAGGUCACAGCACCCUUCUGCACUGCCUCAGCAGCUCACAGAGGCUAGCCCUGGUUACCUUUCCACGGGUACCCUGUGUGCCGGUAGCAGCUGACCCUACCCCUGCUAUUGCUCCCAACACUCAGAGUCCAACUUUGUUACCAGCCUGGAUCAGAAGAAGAGGCCAAGGGGUGGGUGGCUCUAGGUGGCCCAGGGAAGGGGUGUGGGGAGUUCCUGAACAUGAGGCAGUCUACAGUUUGGGGGUGGGUGUCACCCCGGUGGUGGGUGUGUCAGCAGUACCUGGCCCAGCUCCCUCAAAGCAGAGUGGGAAGCAAGGAAGAAGGCAGGGAGGGGAAAGGGGGGAGUCCUUCCAGGUAUGGCCUGGUGGGGCAGCAUCCCAGAUGCCUGCGUUGCUCACUGACAGGGGAGAUGGAGCCGCCUCAGUGUGUGGAGGAGCUGGAGGAUGAUGUGUUCCAACUGGAGGAUGUGGAACCCGGGACCCAGCCUGGGGCUUUGCUCUCUCCCGACCUGUUUGCCCAGAGCCAGCUGGACUGCCCCCUCAGCCGGCUUCAGCUCUUCCCUUUCACCCACUGCUGUGGCCCUGGGCUUCGACCCACCAGCCAGGAAGAUAAGGGCACCCAGACCCUUAGCCCAGCCUCCCCAAGCCAGGGUGUCAUGCUGCCUUGUGGGGUGACCGAGGAGCCCCAGCGACUCUUUUAUGGCAAUGCUGGCUACCGGCUCCCUCUCCCUGCCAGUUUUCCUGCAGGCUUGCCCCUUGGGGAGCAGCCCCCCGAAGGGCAGUGGCAGCAUCGAGCAGAGGUACAGGUUGCCCGAAAGCUUCAGUGCAUCGCAGACCAGUUCCACCGGCUUCAUAUGCAGCGGCACCAGCAGAACCGAAAUCGCGCGUGGUGGCAGAUCCUUCUCUUCCUAUACAACCUGGCUGUGAACGGAGAAGAGAACAGGAAUGGGGCAGGUCCUAGGUGAGACUGGGCUGCCCUCUUCACACGGAGCACCAGGAGCACGGUCUGGAACAGGAAGGACACCGGGGAGGACUGGCACUGUGUCUUGUGAAGUUGUUUUUUGUUGUUUUGUGUUUUUAUUUUUGAGAUUUCUUUCUGUGUGUACAUAAGACAUACCCAAAUGGGACCUUCUUUUCCCUGUUCAAGGCCUCGACCAGGAACGGCGGCCUUUGUCAAACACUGUUGAAGGAAAGGCUGAUGUGUCUGUGAUGGUGAGACCUCCCAAAGACUCUGACAAGUAGAUUCUUCAAUCAGCAGUUGUCAAAGAUGACUAGUUAGUGCUGUCCUCUGGGGAGUGCACUGUAGCUUUUCCCCAGGAACUCAGUGAAGAGAAAGGAGACUCAGUUAGCCUUCCAGUUCCACCAGACCCAGCAGUCUUCCACCGUGGAUGGGGGCGGUGAUCUCAACGGUGACAUUGCUUUACCCCCACCAGGGCUUCAGCCAGGGACUUUCCAGCUGAGUAUGGCAACUUCACUAGGCCGAUCAGCCAGCUUCAUGUCUGGGUUCUGAUUUGGCCCAGCCAGUGCCCACUUCAAGGGCUCAGGGAUUCUUGCCCAGCUCCUGUCAUCUCCAGCAGACCUCAGGGAGGGUUGGGUUUCUCCAAGGACUCCUCAAACGUGCUGUUAAGUGAACCAGACUUCUGGGUAGGCCUCAAAUCUGACCUGGUCUCGCUUGGAGGGCCCAGGAUUGGUCCUGAGGUACAGAGCCACUGCCACUUCUGGCUGCCUCGGACCGGCUGGGUGUCAAUCACGGAUGCUCCGAAUAGCCAGUCAUCGUACUGUAGCCAGCAGCUUGUGCCUUUGUCGGCUCCUUCUUCAAAACACCCAGCCACCCAACUGCACUCCACCCCCCUGGAGGGCAUAAAGGGACAGCUUUUGCAGUCUGGGAAAUGUGGCAGCUGUCCCACCUGUGAGUAAGUCAGCCCUACAGGAACCCAGACGCCUUGGUUUCCUUGGAAACAACGUACCUCCUCCUCCUUACCCCAUUCCUUUUUCACACCUAGUAGGAUACAGGAAGAAGCCAGGACAGUGGUUUUGUCAGCUGAAAUGUGUCUUUUAGAGUAACAGACAAUGAUUAGAGUGUGGAACCGUCAAAGCUGGGUACACAUUUCCUGUCUUCCUCCAGCUUCCCGCUAGGCCAGAAGGCGAGCUCUGGAACUCAGCGGGACCACCGCUCCCUCUGUACGUCUUCUUUUCUCUCCCUGCUGGGGCACUAAUGGAGAGAAUUUAACGCAGCCUGUCUGGCAGGUCUGAUAGCAGACCUAUCUGAAAAGACACAGGGCUUCUGUUAACCAGACAUCUAGGAAUUAAAUUAUAAUUUUUGCAUUUCUAAGGAAAGAUAACAUUGGUGCUAAUGGUGGUGAAGCAAGGCCCUAAGGAAAGGUGGCUUCCUUGGGCAGAGAAGGCCCCAGGGGCUACCCAAGGAAAUUGGAGGAGGAAUCCAAAGGGGACUCUCAAAUCUGAACAAGCCCAAGCUUCUCUGAUUCUGCAGAGAGGAGGUCUUCAAUGCUGUUGAAGGGGGCAUUGAUCCGGAUGUACAGUUGGGCAGUUGUUCGCUCGAAACAGCACACGCAGAGGGAGCUAGUGGAGGCUGAAGUCCCACCUGUGCUCUGCUAAGUUCCAUGCCACGAUGUAGGCUCUCUCUGCCCAGAGGAAGGGGUGCCUUUUCCUGUUUUGCACGAUGGUGCCAUAUGGACUCACAGUGGCUCUGAGGAGGACAUCAAACUGUGUAUAAGCCUUUGUUUUGUUCUGCUUGGAUGUCCUGGAGGUGUCACCUCUUUUUGGCCAGAAUUAUAUUCUCAGGGUGCGUACCAUGGUCUGUCUGCUACAAAGGGGAGUUCCUGCUCACAAGGAGAAGGAGCCCAGGGAACAGGCAGGAGGGCUGGUUCUGGGACACGCUGACCAUUGUGACACCCGACCUUCCCUGCUUGUCUCCACACCGUUUUGUGAUGUGUGUGUCUCCUCUCCUGGAGCAAGGCUGUGACCAGCAGGUUGCUGAUGUGUGCUUGGCUGUGCACACAGGAAACCAGGACUACCCAUGCUGGCCACUUUGAACCCUGCUUUGCAGACUUUCCACCUGACCUUUCCACACACAUGCAUAGGUGUGUGAGAUCAAACGGUCUAGGCCUUGGCACUGAGGCACAGCCGUCAGCUUCAGAGACCUGGGCAGGCCCAGGCUGGAUGCCCUGUGGCCUGCGCUGAGAACUGAACCCCAAGUUUGACAAGCCCAUGGAACGCUGAGUCUGGGCCAGGUGGAGGGUGGUCUGACUGCAUUGUCCAUCCAGUGUGAGGCCAGGAACUCUCUCACUAUCCUUAGUCAA